GAGCCUGAUCGACGCAUUGACCACCUCAUGGCAUCUUUCAACCUCACCCCCUCUGACCCUUCAACAUUCAUCCUAAUGGGCAUCCCUGGCCUUGAAGCUGCCCAUGUCCUGAUUUCCAUCCCUUUCUCUAUGUUCUACAUUAUUGGCCUGUUGGGAAAUUUCAUGGUUUUGUUUGUUGUAGGCAAAGAGCAGACCCUGCACAAGCCAAUGUACCUGCUGAUCUGCAUGCUGCCGCUCACAGAAAUCAGCAUAUCUACCUCAGUCAUGCCGAAGGCACUGUGUAUAUUUUGGUUCAAUUUGAAAAGCAUUACUGUGGCUGGCUGCCUCACCCAGAUGUUCUUCCUUCACGCGGUUUCUGUCAUGCACUCAGCCAUCCUCGUGACAAUGGCCUUCGAUCGCUACAUUGCCAUAUGUGACCCUCUGAGAUAUACCAUCAUCCUCACCAACGCACGAAUAGCUAAGCUAGGACUAGUGGGUUUGAUAAGAGCUGUUCUCUUCAUUCUGCCUGGGCCCCUGCUCCUCAGCAGGCUGCCAUUCUGUGCCAACCGCAUUAUUCCCCAUACAUACUGUGAGCACAUAGCUGUGGCGAAGAUGUCGUGUGGAGACACGACUGUCAACAGGAUGUACGGCUUAGUGAUAGUGUCUGUAGUCAUCGGGUUAGACCUGACUCUCAUUGCCCUGUCCUAUGGUCUAAUCAUCAGGGCCGUCUUCAGAAUCUCCUCCAAGAAAGCCCACCAGAAAGCCCUCAACACCUGCACAGCCCACAUGUGUGUGAUUCUGACCUCUUAUAUUCCCUCACUCUUUUCUAACCUGACACACCGGUUUGGUCUGGGCAUUGCUCCCCAUGUUCACAUUAUCUUGGCCAACCUCUAUUUCCUCGUCCCUCCCAUGCUCAACCCUAUUAUUUAUGGGGUCAAAACCAAAGAGCUUCGUGACAAAGUGGUUAAAUACAUCUGCAGAAUAUGA